CGGCGGAACGAUGCUAAGCACUGGAAGCUGCGUGGAAGAGUUGCAAGUGCUAGGACAGGCUAAUGCGCCCGACCUAGAGGAAGUACGGGAGCAGAUGAAGGAGAUGAUGAAGACCCUGGUGGCUAGGGACAAGGCGUUGAUUUCGCAAUGGGAGGGAAAAGUCCCAGUGGCGGCCUCGUCGUCUGGUGAGGAGGAAAGUUCGGAGGAAAGGGACGGGGAGAAGAGUGGCGCGGAGGUGAAGAAAGGGGAGAAGAGUACGACUGGGAUGAAGAUCGGAUAGAGGAGCUCGGUCAGACCAAGGACUGACGGCAACAGUGGCGCUCGUCGCCAUGAAUCGGUGGUGCGUGGGAGUUUCGGCGGCAAGCCGUCUGGCGAUGAAGGUGGG